GUACCGUACAGACGGAUAACCCGAGAUAAGCGAUCUAUAGUUAUCGAAAUUUGUCGAAAGAGAGAUCCAAAUUCCGAAAUGGCAGCAGCCGCCCGGGUUCUGGUGAUAAUGUCGUCUACUUCCUCCUCCAUUUCCGGUCAAACGGCAAGGAAAAAUAGUAACUGCAAGCGGGUAAGUCCCGCCAAAAACAUUGUUCCGACGAGGUUCUGGUUCUCAGCUGAAACGAAAACAAGGAAUUUUCAGUUACGAGCUUCUUCUUCCCAACCUCAGCAGCCAGAACAGGAUGAUUCCGCCAAAAACAACAAUAAUGGCAACGACGUUCUCCUCCCUUCGGAGGAUCUAAGUUACUUGUGGAAACUGGGAGCUGGGUCUCUUGGGAGUGCUGCUGUAAUAAAGUAUGGAAGCAUUCUUUUCCCUGAGAUAACAAGACCCAGCCUCUUACAGGCUUUGAUUAUGAUAACAACACCAGUUAUUAUAGCCAUCUUUCUUUUGGUCAGGCAAAGUCAAGGACAAAGCAAGGAACCUUUUUUGUAAAUUUUCUUCUUUACCACAAAUAUUGUGAACUAUGCUGCCCGUAUAGUUGGUCCAAAGAAGUUUGCUGUCAUAUAGAGAAGUCUAAUUGUCAAUAGCAUACUAGUGAACUGAAUUCAUGGGGUAGGGCCACCAUUUAUGGCAUAUAUGACCUACCAGGCCUUUAAGGUUUGUAAUCAACAUGAUCAAACGAUUGAUGAGUUUCCAAUAUCUUAAUUUCCAUUUUUUUCUUGUCCAUCCAGAGCAAUACAGAUACAUAAUAAAUCAGAACUUUGUGAUAAUU